CCUGAUCGAGUGUGACAUGGAUGAAUUUAAAUUAUUUACCUUUGGUGAAAGAUCAGGCCGAUUUCACGCCUUGUUUGGGAGCCAUAAUUGGCUUGUGACUUACUAAUGACCAGCAUGAGGGGCUACAUUUUAUAUAUCUGGCUGGUCAUCUCCGAGUGGACAUUCCCUAUAGUCUGGCCACUGAUGACCAUAUGACUGUCACACCAGUGGUAGGAAGUGGACACCUUAUCUGACCCAGUGAACUAUAUAUACCGGAUUAUUUCCAACAAUUUCAUAUUAUAUGUACAUGUCGGUAUGCUAUGACAAUUUCAACAUCUCAGCUGUUCUUUGUGGAUAUUUAUCCUAUGAAAUUUCAGUGUGCAACUUUGCCAAAUUGCACGGUUCAGCAUGAUUAAAAUUGAUUUCCAUUAAUAUGCAUCAUAUUUGACUUUCACAGACCUUUUAUUAAGUGUGGGAUUUUGACAUUUGUCAAUAGCAGACAAAUCAACAGUUUGAAAUGUCAGAAUUUCUCAAAUUGGUGACAAUAAUAUUGUUUUAAAGUGGACAUUGACAACUCUCGCUGAUCGAUGUGAAUGGAUUAACUUACUACACAUACAGGUUGAGAUGCUGACAGUAGCAGCCCACCAUGUGAGGAGUAAAAUACCACGGCAGGAUUAGAGUGAACCCACGCAGCCUGAUUACAAAUUACACACACAACUUGUCUCAUAUUAACCAGUGUAUAGGGCUGGCAUACUAUACCACCACCACCACCACGCUCUGUCCAGAUCAAUGUGGAGAAUCUCCAAGUAUCUGCUUGGUGACAGUCGCAGGGAAUGACUCAACAAGAUUGGACACAAUUCUAAAAGCUCAACAAUUAAUGGUAACGGCUCAAUGUUCUGUCAGAGAUAUGGUACAUAGUGAUACUGGCUAGAAUAUCGUCAAUACUGCAUACUGAUACACUGGGGUCUCAGAGACACACAGACAAGGAGGGCUGUGAAUGCUGUAGAAUGGGUUAAACCAUGGACUGCUUUGAGAAGAUGUUUCGUGUUUUUGUGUGUGUCGUGAUCGUUGUGCUGGUGCCUUGUGUCAACCUGAUGCACGUUCCGUGUGCGGAAUUGUACGACAUGAAGGAUGGCUAUUAUUCAGCUAACUGUAGCAGCCGUGCACUACAACACAUUCCCUUCGACCUGCAUCAUAACAUUAAAGUAUUGGACCUCCGGAACAAUGAACUGGCAGAGCUAGGAGCUAGUUCAUUUGCAAAAUAUGAUACUCUCAGAGAACUUUAUUUGCAAAACAAUUCCAUAAGGAUCAUUAAACGGAAUGCAUUUUCUCUUCUUGGACAAUUACAAGUCCUGGAUUUGUCAAGCAAUCAACUUGCUACAGUGCCGUCUGCCUCCUUCGAUGGAUUACCGUCGCUGAGGAAACUAAGCCUCCGUGGGAAUCGGAUUAACCUUAUUCAACCUGAGGCUUUUUCACCUCUUGUUAAUCUGAGAGAUUUACAUUUGGAUGGGAAUUAUUUACAAAGUGUUGCCGACGAUGCUUUUAAAAAUUUGGAUUAUCUCGAAAAUUUGGAAUUACAGCAUAACAAUUUGGAAUAUGUAAAUGAAAAUAUAGUGCAAUAUUUCACCCAUAGAUUUACAUCUUUUAAGCUGUAUAAUAACCCAUGGGUGUGUGAUUGUAAAAUUCGUUGGCUGGAGGAUUACCUUCUUCAUCAAUCGACCAAUCAGAGUGAAGAUAACAUCCUCCAGUGGAUAUUUCCGGAGGGUCAGCCUGUGUGUCAGGGUCCUGCCGACCUCCAGGCACGUGCUUUUUCGACGUUGACCGAGAGGGACUUUGUGUGUCAGAUAAGUAUGUACACAAGCGGACAGGAUGUGGUAUUGGAGGUCGGAGGUCAAACACAAAUGUAUUGUAAGUACAUGGCAAAUCCACACGUUGAUCCAGUGUGGACAUUAAACGGGGACGUUUUAAACCCGUCAGAUACUGAAAAAUAUGUCAUUGUGACUGAGGGUUCAACAAUUGUUACAAGUAUUCUUUCUAUCAACAAUUUCCAGAAAAGUAAUAUCGGAGAAUAUAAAUGUUCAGUUGAAAAUGCCCGAGGGCCUGUAGCGAUCGCAUUCACGGUGACAGUUAAUGGAGUUGACCCAAUAGCUUAUACACUUCCUGUGUCAGAACUGACCAAUCAGACACCUGAAAAUUCUCACACUGUCACCAUAGCCCUGUCUGUAGUUGGUGGAUUCAUAUUCUUACUUUUAGCUUCGGGAUUUAUAAUUUUUGCAAUUGUGAAGUGCCGUAGACAGCAAAAGAGAAGGAGUGAACAACGUAGCAAGAGAUUUAAGGAACAUCUAAAGACGAAUGUUCUCAAUCAUUCCGAGAUAAUGGAGUGUAAAGACUAUGAAAAGCCUGAAAUAUCUAUGGCAACAGAGCUUCAAGAACGUGGUCCUUAUGACCGUGACACCAUUUAUGACCCUCAUCCAUUAUAUGACCAGGUACCUGUAGGGUCAAAUUUGGACCAAUCAGAAAACAAUACCUAUGUGUCGUUCAAGUCCGAGUAUGUUGAACCGGACGAGAUGACUCAGUUAUAUACUGGGGCUAAUAGAACUAAAGGAAGUGACGGGUCGCAAUGUGAGUCGACGUCGCCCCUUCUGGACAACUGUUCUCCGAUCAUGUGUGAUUCGCAUGACCUACUUUACGAAACGAGCACGGGGAGCUCUAUAUAUACCCCCGCUUUUUUUCCGAAGUCUCACACGCUUAAUUCGCGCUACUUGCCCUCAAUGAGUUCGUACGACACGUAUUUAUCAUAUACACCCUACAGCACUAUGUCACAUAGUUCUCAACAACCUACCUCCACGCCGCCCCUCAACCCCUCCGUACGUAGCAAAAGUGCUUCUGCCAGCAACAUUGGGCCUGUGCUGCCCCCUAAGAAACCCCCGCGUGUGUUCAACUCCCGUGACAGUAUGUGUUUGUCGAACACCAGCAGUAGUGGAAGUGACACUAUUCCUAAACUCUCGCUCCCCAAACCUGGCACGGUGGACGAAUUCGGCACCGCUGUAUGACCACGCAGGAUGUGGUUGUGGCACAAAGUGGGCGUCGACCCUCUGUGGGCGUCGCCGGCCAAAGUGUUUCUCAGUGCUCUUGUUAUUUUCUGUAUGUAACUUGUGUAGUUUGUUGUUUUCGAUAAAACAUGAAAGUCUAUUUUUGUAUCUGCGGUAUUGAUUGUUUAACGAGAUAUUGUUACUAGCCAGAAUAAAUUGGCUGGUCUCUGUACGGUACAUAAAUGUUUUAUCCUUUUAGAAUGGAACACCUACAGGAUAGGAGUCUCAGAGCGUUACAAUAUAAAUGCAUAAUUUAGUGAUUUUAUCUCUACAAAUACAGUAUUGAAUGUCCACAUACAGUUUUUAUGAUUAUGUUUCUGAAUGCUUCACAUGAAUUUAAUAAAGUGUACUGUACAGCGAUUCAAAUUUAUGAACCAUGUCUGACCUCAAAUUGUUACUGUUAAAAUUAUUAAUAUUUGGAAACUGUUACAAAUUGAUGAAAUGUCUUUUCAAAAUUCAUCGACAAUAUUUCAAUAACUUGGAUUCAUCACCAACAAAAACCAAUAUAUUUUAUUUUUGAAAUUAUGCUUAAAAGUUAAGCUAAAUGGGCACAGAUUCAAAUAACAUUCCAUUUCAAGCCUGUAGCAAUUAUUGAAAAAAGCAAACUUGAUUUUUGUUUUUCCCCUAAGAAUUAAUCAAAGAAACAUCCCUAAUUACCCGCGAGCAGUAUAUUGUCGCACUGUGGGAGAAGGCGAUGUUGUCAAACAUUCACCGAUUUGGCAAAUAUUUGAUUAAUCAAUAAAGCAUUCUUAACAAAAAGCUCUGAAGCCAAUUGUCUGUGUAAGUUUGUGAUGAAGGUAUAUGAAUUAUGAAUCGUACUGCACUAGGAUGAGUUCAGUCAACCCCUCUGUGUUUAUAAUCACAUUUCCAUGGACGGUUGGGAUCUCUGUUCCAGCCAUGGGUUCUCCAGCUCCAUUGAUUGUGCAUCUUAAUUAACUUCCCAGAACGGAACAUUUCCUUUAGGCAAAAAUUCCACAGAAUUCCAAAACAGCACACAAACAAUUGUUAUCCUUUGUUGUGGCGGAUCUAACAAAAUGUUUUUUGAAGUUUCUAUUUAAACUAUUUUAUGUAAGAUUUAGAAAUAUUGAUUAUAAAAAAAAUUAAGAAAUAAAGAAAAAGUCCUUUUAGAACUUAAGAUAGUUUGAAAAAAAAAUUAAUUCUAGACCGAGAGAAGGAAUCAGAAAUUAUUCUAAACUAUGAAAUGCUAAUUAAAACAAACACUUCCGUGAUCAAUCGGUAAACAUCUUUUGCACAUACACAAAUAUUAUGAUAACUGAGAGCUUCAUCUUUCCUAAAUCUAAAUCUGAUUAUAAAACUACACAACAAAUGCCCACACAGCCCAUCCCAACAUCCUAGUACCCCAAGAAAUUAUACUAAACAAAGGUUAAACAAUCAAAAAUAUCAUGCCGUGCAUCAUAUCCUCCACAGGUUUAAUGAUAAAAAUAUAAAACAAAUAUACACAAGUUUUCAGGAUGUGUAUUUCAAAGGUCAAAGGUUAAAAGUGUGCAAUACAAUCAAGUGUUAACAGACUGUAAUAGAUCCAGGAUGGUGUAGAGUAUUCGGGGACCAGAUGGCUGUCUGAUCCAGAUGUCGGCCAUUGUUUUUUUCUGUAGACAUACCACAGUAAUGGCAAAGGUGCCAGUAACGUCAGGUCCACUUGCUUCUAACAUAAACACAACUAUGAACACCUACAGUACAUCUGAAUACAGUCAACUUGAACAACUCCACUUCUUUGCCAAUAAUUUCACACAAAUCAAGCUAUACAACUUGAUUCGCCUCAAACAAAAAAAAGCAUGAUUUCGGACUUCUAGGCACCCAGUAGACCUAUGAGAGUAUGUUUUGUUUCCCCGAAAUGAUAUCUGACUUUUGGAUUUAUAGGGAUACGUCUAUAUGUUUUGAUCCUUCAGAUUUCUGAGAAAAAUAGGGAUUUGACUUCUGAAAUUGGGUUUUUCAAGGAUCAACUGGGUGGACGUCCUGAGUAUUCUGGACAAUUUCAAAUCCAGUUUCUGUUAAAAAAAAAACCCAAACCCCCCCAAAAAAACAAUAACAAAUAAUAUGCAAUAAGAUUUCAUGUAGUUAUCAGUUUGUAUGUUAUAGGGUUACAAGGAACCUUUAUACUACGUAAUUAUACCCAAAAUUAAGAAUGACAGGUGCCUCCCUAUAGUUUGCCAAAUUGUAGCGGGGACCAAUCCCUCAGAGUUUACAGCUGUAUCUAGAGCUACAGAAGCUGGGAAGCUCAGGAAGCCACAGGACACCACAGGAAGCUGGAUCAAUAACUGUCCAAUUAAACUAACACUGGGACCAAUAGGAACUGUAUCUAUGUAAACAAACCCUACAUCAGGUUUAUGUAAAGAUUCCUUACAAAAUUCUUACAAAUUCUACAAUAACAUCUACACACACAAAUUUCCUUACAAGCAAUGGCAGACCCUGUCACAGUGAUGUUAGGAACAAUUUUGAGGACACAUUCCAGAUCUUGGUAGAUUCGUUUCCACUUUUGACUAAAUGACUAUAUCUUUCUCUUUUUGCUAAUUUCCUAAAUCUUUAGGCAGGUUUGUGUUAAAAUCAUGAUGACCAAAUAAGAUACAUGUAAUGACUAAAAAGAUCUAAAUAAAUAAUGUGUUUCCACUAAUACAAGCCAGAACAAAAUUGGGCAGGUAGAAGCAGAAAUUUUUCAUUUUCUUUUUAAAUAGUUGAUAGUAAGGUUAUAUAGCCAAGGAACCUCGACUUUAAUAGUCCUUCCUUGAAAAUGUUAAAAAAACUUCAGGAUGGACACAAAAAUAUAGAGUAAGUAGGGUUAGCGAAACACAGGUAUUUUUUAGGCCUGGGUCUUUGAAGCAAACUCUCAUUGAGAAAUAUUUUAGAAAUAUAUGAAAAUGUUGAAAAAUACCAGAACAAUUUGAGGAAUAAUUUGAAUUUUUGAGAAACAUGUUAUCAACAUUUUUUCUCUUUAAGUACAGAUUUUGAAUCUUGAAAUGUCUGAACACUAAACAGCUAUUGUAUACAUUAUAUUGAAUUUGUGUUAUAUUUUUUGCAAUUAUAUUAAGUUGUUUGUAUGAUAAUUGCUGGUGAUGUAAUAUAAUUUGCAUAAAAUUGCUUUUUUAAUUAAUGCUUCAGUAGACAUUUAUGUUCUGAAAAACAAUUUAAAGCAAAUAAUUUUCAAAUGACAUCUUAAAAUAUGACUGCAUGGUUCAACUUGACGUCCUUGGAUUAAACAUAUAUAUUUGUGCCAAAACUCGUAGCUAGAGUAAUCUAUAAGAAUAAAAUAAUAACAGAACGAUUUUGUCCAUGUUUUUGAGACCCCUGUAAUUUGAUGUGUGCAAUAUAUGCUUAGCUGGUAUUAAACGUAGUAUUUAUUGUUUGUUUGUCAAAUUGGCAGAAAUGUUUACAAUGGAACGCAGGUGAUAACAGCUCUAGUUACGUUCAUAAAGCAAUGAAUUACAGUACACAUGCAUUCAUACAGUCAUGAACUACGGAACACAAUACUGGAUUUUAAUAUUGUAUUCCAUAAAAUGUUGAUAAAUGUCUUAGUAAUACUGUGUGACGCCACCUUUGUCCCCGUGACAAAUGUAAGGCGCAAACGUAAUUAAACAAAAUAAAAUACUUCUUGUUCAAAUCCCACUUUAAUCACCUUGACCCAGUUCUCAACAGAAGAAAAUCCACAUAAAACAGACCAACAACUUAUAAUGACAAUAAUCCAUAUACAAUUCAGUUAUGUACAGAAUACACCACUGUCUAUAACUACCAGAUAGUCUAUUGUGACACGAGAUUUUUAUCACAAAGGUUUUGGGGAGAGGAAAUUCUGUCUUAUAUGUCUGUUACAAUUGCGGCCCCCUCCUUAUUCUAUGAUUACAGCCUGAGGGAGGGGAAGGGGGCAAAAGGAAUGCUCGGGAGAAGAAUGGUGGAGGGGAGGGAACUGGAAGGACAAAAUAUGACAAAUAUUCCACAACAGCUUGCUGCAUCUGAGUAAGCCAUACUUCUUAUAAAUAAUAAACUGGGCUCUUACAUUCAUGGGAUAACUGCCCUCAUUCCAGAAGUUCCUUAUUUCUCAUUUUAACAUCUAGAUCUUUCUGUUUGUUAAAGUCCAUUUUCACUUCUCACAAAUUUCUUUCAACAUUUCAAGCUGAAAUGAUUCACUGCAAUCUACCCCAAAAAUCUUCCUACCCCAUAAAAUCUAUGAUUUUCAUUCUUCACCCCUAAAAAUCCUCCUCUCCCCUUCCCUCACACAUCCAUAAUUUUCUUUUCUUUUCCCCAAAUAUACCCCCACCACCAAUAUCCACGCUUUUCUUUUCUUAAUUUACCCCAAAUAUUUCUACUUUCUACACAAACCCCCCUAAACAUCCACAAUUUCCAUUCUUCACCCCCAAAUAUUCCUACCCCCUACCAUCCAUGAUUUUCUUUUCUUAAACACUAAAUGUUGAUGUCAGAAACUUCAAAAUUAGGAUGUGUUUCAUAUUUGCAAUAACUGUAUUAGACCUAAUUUGACCAAAGCUUUUUAUUUGAACAUAGCAAUGGCUUCAUUAUUAUUAUUAUUAUUUUUUGUAUAAGUGUUGUAAUGUUUUCAUGCUUAGUAAACUUUUUGCUAUUGGGACAGUGCUGCUCUGCUAUAGAGGUUUGGGGAGCUGAUUAUGUUGUAGUCCGAGUUUCCUCUGACCCUGACAACGGACUUUGAAAUUCUGACAGAUGUCGACAACAGACAUCUAUCUGUCAAAAUGUCUAAGUCGGGUGCAACAGGGUCAGAGGAAACUCAGACUAAUUAUGUUGUUGUAAUGUAUAUACUGAUAUCUCACCUAGAUGCAGAGGAAAUUCAUCUGAGCAGUUUACCUGUAUCACUGUAUCUAAUAGAUGAGCAUUGUUAAUCCAAACAAUUGUGAUUCCAAUUAAAAUAAAUUACUUGCAUAAUAACUUUUAAAAUAUGUUUUAAGUUUAAAUCUUAAGCAAAUACAAACACUUUUGAAAAUAUCAAAAUCUGAGGCAAUGUGUUCAGAUCAUUUGGUUUCACUGGAAUGUUUUUGAUUUUAAACUUGUAGCUUACAGCAUACCGACAUUCACGCAAUCAAUGCUCAACAGGACUUAUAGAAUCUACCAUUGCUAUUAAAGACAUUUUCAGAGAAUA